AUGCGCGGAGGAGGCGCGCUGCUCGCGGCGGUCCUCCUGCUCGCGCGCGCGACCCCUCACGACGCCGCGCGCCCGCUCCCGGACGAGCAGCGCCUGCCGGGAUGGCUCGGGGAGACGCACCGCGUCGACGUCGCGUCCGCGAAGAAGCUCCGCGGCGGCGGUGGCGUCGCGCGCGAUGACGCCUCCGCCUCAUCAGAUGCCUCCUUCUUCUCCGCCUCGAACGUGACGACGCUCUCCGCGUCGUCCCCGCGCGCGUACGUCUACCGCGGGUUCCUGACCGACGCGGAGUGCGACCACUUCAUCGCGCGCGCGAGCCCGAAGCUCGCCAAGUCCAACGUCGUGGACACCGACACGGGCGAGGGCGUCCCGAGCGCGAUCCGCACGUCGGACGGCAUGUUCUUCGACCGCGGCGAGGACGACGUCGUGGACGCCGUCGAGCGACGCAUCUCCGCGUGGACGCGCCUGCCGACGGAGAACGGCGAGGGCAUGCAAGUGCUGCGGUACGCGGGCGGGCAAAAGUACGACGCGCACCUGGACGCGUUCGUGGACAAGUUCAACGCGGACGACGCGCACGGCGGACAGCGCGUAGCGACGGUGCUCAUGUAUCUCAACGACGUCGACGACGGCGGCGAGACGGUGUUUCCGGAGACGACGGCGAAGCCGCACGUCGGCGACGAGCGGUACAGCGCGUGCGCGCGCAGGGGCGUCGCGGUAAAGCCGAGGCGAGGGGACGCGCUGCUGUUCUGGAGCAUGGACGAGACGUUCACGCGGUCGCUGCACGGCGGGUGCCCCGUGGGCGCGGGGGGCGUGAAGUGGUCGAUGACCAAGUGGAUCCACAAGGGCGCGUUCAGUCGAGGGCACAAGAUGAAGUUCCCGGAGGGCGUGUGCGACGACGAGGACGCCAACUGCGCGGGGUGGGCGAAGAGCGGCGAGUGCGAGAAGAACCCGGCGUACAUGACGGGCGACGGGAGGGAGAACGACGGGCACUGCGCGUUUUCGUGCGGGACGUGUCCUCGAGGGUCGAAGAGGCUCGACGGCACCGCGGCGGCGACGCCGGCGGACGCGGGAGAGGCGCCCCCGGCGCGCGCGGCGGAAGAGCCGGAGUUUUAG